GCCAGCAUCGUGAAAGAGGGAAGAGCUGUUCUUUGCAACCAUGGCGUAUAUAACCAUGGCGUUUGUAAAAACAUGGUUUCCGGUGUAUAUGCUACUCUUUGAGAUGUACAAUAUCUAUCCGGACAUUAUCGAUUUCUGGCGAGUUCCCACCGUCGGAAAACUGAUCGGAGUUCUUUUGUUUCUAGCCGUGUUCCCUCUGUGUCGACCUCUCCGUCGCUGCUAUCUUAUUUUCCACCGUGCCGUGUUCUUCAAUAUGAUCUACUUCCCUUACCUGUCAAGAAUGCAAGACAUUCCGUCGCCGAGCAAGAUCGAGGUCUUUUAUGGACACUACGGCGCUCCAGCAAAACUCGACGACGGAGUUACAAACCUGGCGUAUUCGCGGGAUGCUCCCCAAGCCGGAAUGCUACGAGUGUCUUCUGCGCUGUCUGAUUUUAUCAAUAAUUUGCCGUCGACCCGAGAGCUUGUUCUUCCAAUCUCUCGGGAGUCUGUUUAUCAGGUUCUCGUCUCGCAAGCUCAUUCGUUUGUGAGGCAGAACAAUCCCUAUUCUUUUCUCUCACGCGUGUCCGGCAAAGGAAUCCUCGUCACAAACGGCGCAUCGGCGCAUGAUUUGAUGCGAUCAAGUCUGCUCCCUGCAUUCACAAAAGACAACAUCAACAGACUAGCCCCCGGCUUUAUCGAGCACUCGUCGAAGCUAGUCGCUGCUGUCGACAGCAAACUCGAUCCUACCUGUGCGCACACUUCUCUAGACCUCGAGGAACCCAUCACCAGAUCGCUCACCGAUUCAACCUGCCAGGCCCUAGUCGGCGCACACUUUGACCUUCUCGAGCAACCCGGGAGCAAGACCGCGCUGGCUUUCGGAGAACUGGCGACAGAAGCCGCAACAUUCACAACCGUUCUCCAUUGCAUGUUUAAGUUUAUGAGGUGGGGUAGUCGCAAUAUUAUUGAUAACUUUGUGCGCGACGCGGCGAAUGCAAAGAUCGCACUGCACGACUCAAAGUACGGAUAUAAGGAUGUUGUCGGCAGUGAUGGCGCAAGUAGCGACAUCAUAAGCUUUCUGCUUGCGCACGAUGCUGCGGAGUGGAAUGCGGAUAAUUUCCUUGCGCAGUUUUACUCGUUACUAGCGAUGCAGUCCGACACUAUUGGCGGCAUCAGAAGAACCCUGUGGUAUCUGACUCUCUAUCCUGAGAUCCAAUCCCGCCUGCGCGACGAAAUUCGAACCGCAUUUCCUGGAGGUGCCGCGUCAAUAACAUCUGCCGGCGACCUAACUUCCCUACGCUUUCUUGACUGCGUUUUGAAAGAAUCGCUACGGCUUGCGCCUCCAAGGAGUGAUACUAUAUAUCGAAAGGCAGUGAAGGAUGUUUAUAUCGACGGCCACCGUAUCCCAAAGGGGACGACAGUCUAUGUCGACGCAUACUUGUUGAACCGACAACCAUCAGUAUGGGACCCAGAUGCUUCCGAAUUCUGCCCCGAGCGAUGGCAACAGAGGGAAAGCGACGCCGACGCUUUUACAGACGAGCAAAACUUGAUGACGUUCUCCAAGGGCCCUUCCAGUUGUAUUGGCGAGAAAUUUGCGCUGCUUCAGAUGAAGGCUUUCUUGGCCGGUUUGGUAGGCACGUUCAGCUUUGAGUCGCCAGAAGAGGAUCCUAUGGCUGAUAAGGAUAACGUCUACUCGGCCGAAAAGCUCAAGGCGCUUUUAGUCGCGCGCGUUCCUGGCUGGUGAACGUGCUUGAGUGUUUAUGGUGUUUAUGGGGUUGCGGAUACUGGGAUAUUGCGGUUUUUGAUGUAAGCUCUUUUAGAUGGUGGUUACUUUUUCAUAUGAGCGUGGGUAUGGUACAUAUAGAGUCAAGGUCGCAUGAA